AUGGAUUCUAACUAGGAAUUACAAAGCUCUUGCCAAAGGAACUAGAGGCAGCACCUCUGGUUUCCUUAACAUCGUGAUGGAAUUGAAAAAGUGCUGCAACCACUGCUAUCUGAUUAAGGCCCCAGAAGAGAAUGAAAGGGAGAACGGGCAGGAAGUUCUUCAGUCCCUGGUCCGGAGCAGCGGGAAGCUAAUUCUGUUAGACAAACUGCUGACAAGACUUCGAGAAAGGGGGAACCGUGUCCUUAUUUUCUCCCAGAUGGUGAGGAUGCUGGACAUCCUGGCAGAGUACCUGACUAUCAAGCAUUACCCUUUCCAG